GUAUGGUACGUGCUACGGUACGCCACUUGUGACCAAGGGGGAAAAGCGCGGACAUUGAGAAUACUGGGGAAAUUGUAGGAACAGGAUCAUAACUUAAUUGAUUGCUGGAAAAAGAGUCCAAUUUCCUCUUCUCAUGUAAAGGCAUCAGGAGUUGUCUAACAUGGACAGAGAAUUAAGGUCAGGGAAGGAGAUUAAUGAGGACACGGUGCCUCAUCAUGGGGACACAGGACGUGUCUCCACAGAGGAAAUGGAAAGUGGAGGAAUUCCUCCACUAGCAAAGAGGCCCAGGCCUGAUGAUGUCACAGCUGACAGCACGGGAGAGAUUGAGGAGGACACCGGCGGUAAGGUGGCUGAUGGGAAGGAGUCAGACCAGCCCCCUCGGGUUGAGGUGAACAUUACCCCGGAGACAGGUUACGGCUGUGCCUGUCCCAUCUGUGGCUUUGUGGCCAAAACUCCAACUGCCUUGAAGAUUCACUCCAAGAGGAAGCACACCGGUCGAGGAAAGACCAGAGGUGUGAGCUCAGCUGAGGUACUUGUUGAAAUAGAUGGCUCCACAACCGGAGCAACUGCACCGACUUCGAAUUACAAGACAGGUGGAGACACUGAGGAGAAAGUGAGCAGCAGUGAAGGACAGCAGGAUGCCACAGAGAGUCAGAGCCAGGGCACAGAGCCAGGGGUUUCUGAGGGGGAGGUGACUACAAUAAUAGCCCAAGAGGAAAUUGCUGAGAAACAAGGGACAGGGAGAGAUACUUUUGAUAUGAAGGUGACUACAAUAGCUGCAGAAGAGGAGCAAGAAAAGACCCCCGGUAAGAAGAUAGUAGGUAAACGGGGCCCCAAGCCCAAGACUAUACAUGCUUGCAGCUACUGUGGUCACGAGUUUAGGGACAAGCCAAGCCUAGAUACACACAUCAAGAGACGCCACACCAAGGAGAUGAAUUACUUCUGUGAGUUCUGCUUGUACGCCUGUGUGGCAAAGUGCGACUACGAAAAGCACUGCCUUAGUAACAAGCACAACAAACGAGUCGCGGAAAGCAGGGAAUCCUCUGGCCUCGCGUCACCCAUGGACAAGAAGACAGCCGAACAGGCUCAAAUCUUUGCCUCCACGACGACUCAGACCCGGGCGUCCAAGCGUGCGCUCGGUGCCAGGUUCCAGCUGCAGUGCGGGAGUUGCGAAUUCAGGGUCAGCAACUCUGCUUUGCUGGAGAGCCACGCUCGGCUAAAGCACCAUGGCGAGCAUCGCUUCCUCUGUAACGUCUGCCACUACUACACCGCUACCUCCGAGUGGAUGGACACGCACGUGUCCUCGGAGAGCCACCAGCGUGUGGCUGAGGAGAAAAACACAGGGUCCUCCUUUGAGGAGUGCGUUGAGAAGGUGAGCAGAGAUUCGAUCGGUGACGACAUGCUGACAGAUGACGUGGCAGUAGGGGUCACCGGACACGAUGGAGAGCUGCACCCUGAUGUUAAUGAGGAAGCUGUUGAGGCUGCGAAAGUCGUGUUGGAGAACAUGGAAGAGCACAUGGACGAGAAAAGCCCCCCCAAGAGGAGGAGAGGCAGGCCAAAGGGGCCCGCUGCAACUACAUGUGAAUACUGUGGCCUUCUCGCCUCCAAUAGUACCAAUCUAAACGUGCAUAUUCGUCGUAAGCACAGCCGGCAGUACAGCUUCACCUGCAGGCUUUGUUCUUACAACUGUGUGACGAAAGGCGACAUGGACCGACACUGUGUCACAAAGAAGCACCUUAAACGCGUGGAGGAUGCUAGCCGCGAUGGCCAAGUGGACCUGGAUACAUCAGUGCAGGUCGUGAGUAAAGAGUCAGGCUCUCAGGCCAGCGAGGGUGAGGGUAUACAUCAGAAUAGUCCAGUCAGAGCAGGGUCCAAAGGAGAGGAGGGGGCCACGGACAAAACAGAGGAGCUGUCACAAGACGGCGUCAAAGCACAAGUGAACAGCCCGAAAAAGAGCAAGUACGACUUGGUCAACUCCUGCAGCCAUUGCAGCUUCGUAGCUCAUUCGAUUCCCUCCCUCGACCUCCACGUGAAGAGGAGACACACCCGGGACUUUGAGUUUGUGUGCCUGGCGUGCAGCUACUACGCGGUCACGCGUCGAGAGAUGUCUCGCCACGCCGCCACGGACAAGCAUAAGCAGAAGAGUGAGGUCUACCUAGAGAACCUGGAGAGCUUUGUGGUGGAAGACCUGGCACAGCCGGAGGAGGAGGCCAUGGAGCUGGGGAACAGAGCUGACCCUGAUGCUGACAACAAUGCUCACUCUGAGGAUCCCUCCCCCUCAGUGCCCCCUGACACAGACAUAGACCAGCCCACAGGCACAACUACAGACCAGCCUAACAUUAUAGACACAGACCAACCCACAGAUACAGACCAACCCACAGAGACAGAGCAGCCCAACAACACAGACACAGACCAGCCUCCUAUCACCGAUACAGAACAACCCACAUACACAGAUACAGACCAACCCACAGAGACAGAGCAGCCCAACAACACAGACACAGACCAGCCCCCUAUCACCGAUACAGAGCAACCCACAGACACAGCUACAGACCAACCCACAGACACAGCUACAGACCAGCCCACAGCUACAGACCAGCCCACAGACACAGCUACAGACCAGCCCACAGGCACAGCUACAGACCCGCCUACAGACACAGCUACAGACCAGCCCACAGACCAGCCCACAGACACAGCUACAGACCAGCCCACAGACACAGAGCAUAUUACCACUAACCCCACACAGACUUCUGACGUUUGGAGCAAUGAGCAUGCAGCCACAAUAGUGGAAGUUAGUGGCACUGUUGUUGAGGAAAACACAGAGAUCCAGGUGGCUGGUGAGGCGUCCGGUGGUGGCUCGGAACAAACCAGCAACGAAGCUCCAGGUACGAUGGAGCCUCAGGAAGCACCAGCAGAAAUCACCAUAACACCGCCUGAGGAAGGCCAGAAGGAAGGGGCCGAACCCGAGGCGGAACCAGAGCUAUUCUGUUCAGACGACGACGUUGAGAUGGCUGAUGAGAAACCUGACAUCUCUUCCCCAGAGAAACAGCUCACCAGGGCGCUGCCAUUCGACGCUUGCAUCAUACCUCUCAAGUCCUUGACUGAAGCCGAGCUGGCUUUGCAUGAAGAACGCAUGGCUCACUCUGUUGAGGGCCACUCUGGCCUGGCUGUAAGUGGCCUGGCCGGGGCGGGCAGUUUUCAGAAGAUCAAAAGAACCAAACCUGUAGGGUCUUCAGGUCUGUCCAAGGGGUUAACUCCCAACCCCCGCAUCCGCUGCGAGGACUGUGGCUUCGUGGCGGACGGCAUGAGCGGCCUCAAUGUGCACAUCUCCAUGAAGCACCCGUCCAAGGAGAAGCACUUCCACUGCAUGCUGUGCGGCAAGUCCUUCUACACGGAGAGCAACCUGCACCAGCACCUGACCAGCGCCGCCCACCUGCGCAACGAGCAGGCCAGCAUCGAGGAGCUUCCGGAGGGCGGCGCCACUUUCAAGUGCGUGAAGUGCACGGACCCGUUCGAGACGGAGCAGGAGCUCUUCGUGCACAUCAAGGAGAAGCACGAGGAGCUGUUGCGCGAGGUCAACAAGUACGUCCUGGAGGACACGGAGCAGAUCAACCGCGAGCGCGAGGAGAACCAGGGCAGCGUGUGCAAGCACUGCGGCAAGGUGUGCAAGAGCAGCAACUCCAUGGCCUUCCUGGCUCACAUCCGCACACACACAGGAUCGAAGCCAUUCAAGUGCAAAAUCUGCAACUUUGCCACCGCCCAGCUGGGUGACGCCAGGAACCACGUGAAGAGACAUCUGGGCAUGAGAGAGUACAAGUGCCACAUCUGUGGGUGGGCCUUUGUGAUGAAGAAGCACCUGAGCACUCACCUGUUGGGGAAACAUGGACUGGGCCAGCCCAAAGAGAGGAAGUUUGAGUGUGAUCUGUGCGACCGGUCGUUCAGUGAGAAGUGGGCUUUGAACAACCACAUGAAGCUGCAUACGGGGGACAAGCCCCAUAAGUGUGCCUGGCCUGCCUGCCACUACGCCUUCCUCACCCUGUCUGCCAUGAAAGACCACUACAGGACACACACUGGAGAGAAGUCCUUCCUGUGUGAUCUCUGUGGUUUUGCGGGUGGCACGCGACACGCCCUCACCAAACAUCGCCGCCAACACACAGGAGAACGGCCUUUCAAGUGUCAGCUGUGCGGCUUCGCCUCCACCACCCAGUCCCACUUGACCCGCCACAAGCGAGUGCACACAGGGGAGAAGCCCUACCGAUGCCCCUGGUGCGACUACAGAUCCAACUGUGCGGAGAACAUCCGAAAGCACAUCCUGCACACGGGGAAGCACGAGGGAGUGAAGAUGUACAACUGCCCCAAGUGUGACUACGGCACCAACGGCCCCAUGGACUUCAGGAACCAUCUGAAGGAGCAUCACCCCGACAUCGAGAACCCUGACCUGGCCUACCUGCACGCAGGUAUCGUGUCCAAGUCGUUCGAGUGUCGUCUAAAGGGCCAGGGAGCCACAUUCGUGGAGGUUGACACAGCGUUUGACGGGGCCUUCCCGGUGCGGAGGGUGGGCUCCAUGGAGGGGCUGGAGGGCCAGGAGAGUGUCCAGCAGGUGAUUAUCAUCCAGGGUUACGGCGAUGGGGAGAUGGCCUUCGACCAGGCCCUGGAAGAGUCAGCUGCUGCCACACUGCGGGACCUGGCCAUGGCGGGCCAGGUGGCCGAGGUGCUCCACAUCACCGAGGACGGCCAGGUCAUCUCCUCAGGGAGGGAGGUAUCUGCAGGCGGGGCACAUCACCUGGCCGGAGGCACCACCCAGUACGUCCUGCUGGAGUCCGGCGGGUCUGCAGCCGGAGGUCACGGGGGUCACGGGGGAGGGGCGACGCACCACCACAUGGUGUCGGAGUCAUCCACGGCUCUGGAUGCCCUCCUCAGUGCCGUCAGCGAGAUGGGCCAGCAGGAAGAAGACAGCCAAGAGGUCAUGACCCAGGAAGUUGUGUCAGAGGUCAUGGAGCGAGUGGAGGAGGAGGAGAUGGAGGUGGAGGUGAAGACGGAGGAGGAGGUGUGCGAGGAGCAGCAGGUGCAGGAGGAGCAGGUGGUCCAGGAGGUGCUGCAGUUUGCAGCCAGCCAGCUGAUGAUGAAGGAGGGGCUGACCCAGGUGAUCGUCAACGAUGAGGGGACCCACUACAUCGUGACGGAGCUGGAUGACAACACCCUCCAGGUAGAGGGGACCAUGUACACCCAGCAUCAGGGAGGGGAGGACGACCAGCAGAGUGAGGGCGUUUCAGAGGGCCAGGCUGGGGAGAGGAUGGUCUACUACCUGGAUGGAGCUCCACACAACGUGGUUCUGGAGAAGGUGGAGGUGGACUAGUCAGUGACUGUGGCAAAUUUCCUUGAUUCCUCGAGUCCUCUCUCCUCACCUCCUUCUCAAAAGCAGUUGGAUAAGAAGUUAUAGGGGAGUGACCUCUGUCCUUUUCAUCCAUUGGGUUUUGAGAAGGAGGAGAGAGGAUGCAAGAAAUCAAGGAAAUGCAAUUGAGACUCUCCCUGUAUGAUGAACAAAUGUCCAGCUUAAAGCCCUUAAGAGUCUUUCUCUUUGUCUCUUUCAUGGAAAAUGUACUUAUUUUUUUUACAUAGCUUUAUCUCCAUUUUGUAACGAUUUACUCAGGAUAACCUUGACAUCUAUGGAGUUAUAGUGAGGGGCGAAGUUUAUUUGCUAACAUUAUUUAACAUAUGCAUCAUUUUACAGCCAAUGCCAGAAUUACCACUUGUUUUUGGAGUCAUGACUGGAAAUACAUUGGCUAUUUUCACAUGGUUCUAUUUUUUUAAAUGUGUUCAAUUACAAAAAUAAUAAUUUUAAGAUUACAUUUCCAGCAGGACAUUUUCCCAUUACCUAGAAAGACUUACAAUCUUUAAGUUGCAUGGUUUGGUUUUAUUGAAAGUUAGAGAAUAAUAACAGCUUUAUUUUCAAGGACAUUUUCACCCCAAAAAAUGAUAUUUUGGUAUUUGUUUAAUUAGUCCAUUAUUGAUACAGUCCCACAAGGUUUUGCAUGUCAUCAAUCACUUUUUGAAGAUAUAUCACUUUCGAAAUACAGAAAUACAGCCGGUGUGAUGCAUUUUGCAUCGUGUGGUGUAAAAUGCAUCAUCAUGUGGUGUAAAAUGCAUCAUCAUGUGGUGUAAAAUGCAGCAUCAUGUGGUGUAAAAUGCAGCAUCAUGUGGUGUAAAAUGCAGCAUCAUGUGGUGUAAAAUGCAGCAUCAUGUGGUGUAAAAUGCAUCAUCAUGUGGUGUAAAAUGCAGCAUCAUGUGGUGUAAAAUGCAGCAUCAUGUGGUGUAAAAUGCAUCAUCAUGUGGUGUAAAAUGCAACAUCAUGUGGUGUAAAAUGCAUCAUCAUGUGGUGUAAAAUGCAGCAUCAUGUGGUGUAAAAUGCAGCAUCAUGUGGUGUAAAAUGCAUCAUCAUGUGGUGUAAAAUGCAUCAUCAUGUGGUGUAAAAUGCAUCAUCAUGUGGUGUAAAAUGCAUCAUCAUGUGGUGUAAAAUGCAGCAUCAUGUGGUGUAAAAUGCAUCAUCAUGUGGUGUAAAAUGCAUCAUCAUGUGGUGUAAAAUGCAUCAUCAUGUGGUGUAAAAUGCAUCAUCAUGUGGUGUAAAAUGCAUCAUCAUGUGGUGUAAAAUGCAUCAUCAUGUGGUGUAAAAUGCAUCAUCAUGUGGUGUAAAAUGCAGCAUCAUGUGGUGUAAAAUGCAUCAUCAUGUGGUGUAAAAUGCAUCAUCAUGUGGUGUAAAAUGCAUCAUCAUGUGGUGUAAAAUGCAACAUCAUGUGGUGUAAAAUGCAGCAUCAUGUGGUGUAAAAUGCAGCAUCAUGUGGUGUAAAAUGCAGCAUCAUGUGGUGUAAAAUGCAUCAUCAUGUGGUGUAAAAUGCAUCAUCAUGUGGUGUAAAAUGCAGCA